UUCCAAGAUUUUAGUCUCUCUCUUUCUCUCUCUCUCUCAGAAAUCAUAUCUGCAAUGGCGCCCAUGAGUCUGCCUCCAGGAUUUAGGUUUCAUCCAACGGAUGAGGAGCUUGUUGCUUACUAUCUUGAUCGAAAAAUCACAGGCAAAACGAUUGAACUUGAAAUAAUCCCAGAAGUUGAUCUCUAUAAAUGCGAGCCAUGGGAUUUACCAGAUAAGUCGUUUUUACCAAGCAAAGAUUUGGAGUGGUAUUUUUACAGUCAAAGGGAUAAGAAGUACCCAAAUGGGUCAAGAACUAACAGGGCAACAAGAGCUGGUUACUGGAAAGCCACAGGGAAAGAUAGACCAGUGCACUCUCAAAAGCAGCCUGUAGGUAUGAAGAAGACGUUGGUAUACUAUAGAGGUAGAGCUCCCCAUGGCAUUAGAACCAACUGGGUCAUGCACGAAUACCGCUUAAUCGACUCAUUAUGUGGCACUGCCUCAUCAAGUUUAAAGGAUUCCUAUGCGUUGUGCCGAGUUUUCAAGAAAACCAUGCAAAUUCCCAAACCAAAAGAAGGUGAAAAUGCGAAUGUAAAUAAGGAUGAAAUGUGGGUUUCUGAUGAACAAUUCUUAACAGAUGAUGCAAGUGGGAUUGAAACUUCUAAAGGGAGGGAAAAUGAAGAUGAGAAUUUCAACAAUGAGUAUUUUAAAUUUCCAUCUGAUACUUCUUCCUCAGAUGUCACCCAGGGGACACCAUUGGAAAAUGCAGUAGCCGAUGAUUCACAAGCUCCAUUUGCCUCGGAUGAAGCCAAUAGCUCAGCUAACAUGUAUUACGUCGGUGUAGACUUCUCCUCAAAUUUACUUCAGGGUAUGCAGAUCCCAAGCUACAAAAGCCUGCAUUAUCAACUUCCUUACCCACCCUUGGAACUAGAAGACUUCCCACAGAUAAAUAUAGCGGAGACAAAGCCGACAAAGUCUGAAACCAUGGAUGAGUACGCGAUGUAUGACAAUUACAAGGAUUGCAUGAACGGGACAUUAGAAGACAUUUUUUCUUUAUGUUCCUCUCAAGACAAUUCCAUUGCCGUUUCCCAGCAAGACUGAGUACAGUAACAAAGAUUAUUACGUACUUGGCCAGCUUUCUUAAUUUAAUACAUUCAAUUAACUGGGAUUCAUUUGACACAUAGAUAGAGUAUUGUGUUGGGAUCAAUAACCAAAAUGAGUAGAAGGUAUUAUAUUGCCAAACGCAACAUAACUAUAUAUACAGUGUAAUUAAUGUACUUCAAUGGAACGAUGUCAAGGUAUGCCAUCGUUUAUCCCCACCCCCUUUUUUUUUUUUCUUUAAAGUUAAUCUUUUUACUUCCAAAGGGUACCU